AUGAUAAGUCCGCAAUAUGAAAACGACCUUGUUCGACUUGGAUUACUCACUAAAAAUGCUAUUAUUCGAUCAAAUGCAAACGGUUGCUUUGGAAUACAAAUCAUGUUUGACUUGUACAGCAUAAAAGCAACAUCAUCAAAAGAAUCACUUCAAGGAUUUGUUGUAUAUUUUGACGAAAUCUUGUCUAUAUUGAAUAUCUUCGAUGAGCAUUGCCUUACAUUCACUUGCGAUACCAGCAUUCCAGAUUCCUGUAAACGAAAGUCUUUAUCCCAAGAAGCAUUGCAUUUCAUUUUAUCUAAACCAAAGAGCAGUAAACGACAAUGUUAUACAUCCUAA